ACAGACAACAAGUUGUUAUGAUCAGUUUUUUAUUUAUAAUAAUUCCACCUCCACUCGACUCUUUAAAUAAAGUUGUCCUUCAACUUGGCAGAAUCAUUUAACAGAGAGAUAGAUAGAUUUCCAGUGUUAUUAGGUCUGCACGAUGUGGUGGAUAGUGAUCGCUGUAGCAGCUCUCGCUGUGGGAUACUGGUUGCUGAUCCGCCCCCACAGGUACUGGUUGGAAAAGGGAGUGAAGCAGGGAACUCCAGCAUUUAUUUUGGGGGAUAAUUGGGGAACGGUUUUGCGAAAACAGUCCCUAGCGGAAAUGGUUAUGAUGGUUUAUAAUGCGUGUCCAAAUACCAGGUACUCAGGCUUCUAUCAGUUUUUAUUACCAACUCUUCUACUAAAAGAUCCCGAUCUUAUCAAACAAAUCACCGUGAAAGACUUCGACCAUUUUCUAGACCACCGAAGCAUUAUUCCAGAAAAUAGUGACCCACUAUGGGGGAACAAUCUUUUUUCUCUAACUGGUAAAAAGUGGCGAGAAAUGCGAACAACCCUCAGUCCAGCUUUCACCAGUAGCAAAAUGAAAUACAUGUUCACUUUAAUAUCACAAAGUGGUGAACAAUUCGUAAAAUAUUUCUUGAAGCAAGACCAAGAUCUUAUUACUGUCGAAAUGAAAGAUACCUUCACUAGAUUCACUAAUGAUGUCAUCGCCAACACUGCUUUUGGAGUCGAGUGUGAUUCUUUGGGUGAUCGUACAAACGAAUUCUAUAUGAUGGGAAAAGAAGCGACAAACUUUAACGGAUUUUGGAAAAAUUUCAAGUUCUUUGGAUACAUCUUUGUGCCUAAAUUAUUUAAGUUUCUUAAAGUAUCACUGUUUUCACGACAAGUCGGCGAAUUUUUCAGAAAUGUAGUCAAGAGUAAUAUUCGAAGUCGCGAAAAGCACGGAUUUGUAAGACCAGACAUGAUCCACCUUCUCCUCGAAGCACGCAAAAACGGGCUCAAACACGAAGAAACCGAGCCGCUUCAAGAUACAGGUUUUGCCACAGUGGCAGAAUCCGAAGUCAACAAAAACCCCAAAAACACCAAAGUCGAAAUUACAGAUGAAGUUAUCACUUCUCAGGCUUUAAUUUUCUUCUUUGCUGGUUUUGACGCGGUGUCUGCUCUUAUGUGCUUCAUGUCCCACGAACUUGCUGUUAACCCGGAUGUCCAAACAAGACUUAUACAGGAAGUAGACGACACUCUGGAAGCUUCUGAGGGUAAACUGACGUAUGAGGCGCUUCUUGGUAUGAAAUAUUUGGAUAUGGUGGUCUCUGAAAGCUUAAGAAAAUGGCCCAAUGCUGUUGGUGUGGACAGAGUUUGCACCAAACCCUACACCAUCGAGCCUAAAUAUCCUGAUGAGAAACCUAUCCACUUGGAAAAGGAUGAUGUGGUUUGGGUGCCCAUUUUUGGAAUACACCGAGAUCCUCAACAUUAUCCAGAACCAGAGCGUUUUGAUCCAGAAAGGUUUAACGAUAAGAAUAAGGUCAACAUUAACCCCUACACGUAUUUGCCUUUUGGAACAGGACCUAGGAAUUGUAUUGGAUCUCGAUUUGCUCUUUUGGAGACUAAAGCGUUGUUUUUUUAUAUUUUGUCACAUUUUGAGUUUGUUCCAGUGGAGAAGACUCAAAUACCUUUAGUUUUAAGCAGGAAGAGCAUCAAUUUGGUUGCGGAAAAAGGGUUCUGGUUGGGACUUAAACGACGUUCUAGAAUCUAAAUUUGAAAAUAAUUUCUAUAUUAUAAGACUGCACACAUUUGUAAUUGUUGUUAGAAUAGAGCGUUAAAAAUUGUACACAAUCGUAUAUAAACCUGUUCCACCCAGAGUUGACCAAUUUUUAUAAUGUCUAGAUAAUUAAUAGUUAAAAUCGUAUGUAUAUUUUAACAAAUAAAUAAAUAAAUAAAAUGAAACCAA